AGUCAUUCGUGCAUUCUUACAGUCUUACUAGCUACCACUUCACUAGCUUUUGUUAAUCAUCGGCGCCAUAUAUACAAGCCUACUAUUGGCUUAAUUUAUUACAACGGAAUACUACAAUCGCUAGUUCAGUCAUCAUUAAUGGCGGAGAUUGUCAGUUCUGCAGUUACCGAGCAGAUAGUGAACCAAAUCUUAUCCAGCAUGAUUGACAGGCACGAGAGGAAACCGAGCGAGGAGCACUUGGAACGGCUGGAGAUGGCUCGCAUCAAGCUGAAGGCCGCACUCGAGACGUCCGAUAAGUGGCAGAUCAACGACGCGUCGUUGCUCCGCUGGCGCAGGAAGCUGAAGCGCGCCGCCCAGGAGUGCGACGACACGCUCCGCAGCUGCAAGCAGCGAGCCGUGGAAGACGAGGAGAAGCAGCGGGUUGUAAGAUGCUCGUCCUUCCCCAGACGGCUCGCCCACAUCACCAAGUCAUUCGUUUCCUCCAUCUUCAGCGGCUGCAACAGCAACGACGAGUACGGCUCGAGCAGCCCUGCCGUACGAAGGUUCGAGUGGUUCGCGGACGGCGCCACCGAGUUCCUGACGUUCGUGGAGCUCGGCGGCACGCCGCGGCGGUACAUGUUCUUCGACCCUCUCAUCGCGCACCUUCUUGCUGGUGAAGAGCUGCGGUACAGGCUCAUCCAGGGAAGCCAGUACCAGCUGUUCUGCGUCCGUCCCAUUAGCUUGGAAGAUCGUGGGAUUGAGGCGAAGCUCAUCUUCAUCUAUGAAGACGACGAGGCACCGGACAAGAACCUGUGCAUAGGCUCGAUGCUGCGGCUGUCGGAGAGCACAGACAUCGUUGGGAUCACGAUCAAGUGCUUGCAGUUUUUGGUCACACCUCACUUCAAGUCUACUGCUGAAGCCGCUACCAGAGAACUCGCUAACCUGCCGACGCAGGACUUCUCAUGGGUGCCAUAUGCUGAUUCUAGUCACAAAGAACAUUGGAACAGUAUCCACAGAGAUAUGAGCCAAUGGUUUCGCCCAGAUCCACUGUGCUGCAAUCAACAUGAGGCCCGCACGCCUUGUGGAAAUAGUACAGGCACAACAAGACUAUCAGAAGUUCCUCUGGAAUCAGUCAUCGAGGUUUACUGGCAGUGUGAGAUCCCACUUUCCGAGUCCAACAUGCAGAGGAGCCCAACUGUCGAAGGUCGAACAAGUUCUACGAAAGACAUUCCACGUGUGAAGCUUGGGCUCCUGUUCACACCCCAUGGUUCUUUAGGAGAUGUGAUGCCGAAAACCGAGUCUUCUGCGCUGGAGGUAAUGAACGGCGAGGAGCAGCAUGGUAUGCAUACGAACAUUAGCCUGCAACAGUUGGACGAGAUCAUGGUACCAAAGGCGAUAGAUUGCCUUUACCAAAAGGCAGAAGCAACGGCGUAUCAGAUCCUUUGGACGUCCAAACAUGGCCACGCAUACUUUCAGAUGAAGAAGACGAUGCCACUAAAAAAUAUCAGAGGAGGCCAGAACAAAAGGUCGCUAAUGCAACGAUAUCAUCAAGACCCAAAGCUGGAGAGAUGGACACAUGUUCUCACAGUCUUUCUCAAUUUGUGGGUUGCACGCGCACCUUAUAGGCUACGGCGUUCAAUGGUGGAAUGGAUGCAAAAGGCAAAUGAGAAGCAAUUAGAUGUAAAAGGCAAAUGA